AUGUACGCCGCACAGCUCCGUUCGAAAGACGAAAUCCUGGCUAUUCGUGCCGCUGAGCGCAAUUAUGCAAAGCGCGUGCAGCUUGCGCAGGAGACGAUUAAAGUCGUGCGUGAAGAGCUAGCUACGUGUUACCGUGAGAAUGGUGUGAACCACAAGAUGGCCUGCAAAAGCGUCCGCGAAGAGUACGCUAAACUCAUUCAGGAUCCCACGCACGGCGCUGGCUACCCGACACGACCCCAGUUUUAG